GUGGAGUGGUGGAUCGGAGGCCGCUGAGCUGAGCGUUCCAACGAGGGCUCAGCACUUGGAGUCUUGGACACUGGGGCAUUAUUGCGGUCAGGCACUCGGCGCUACGUCUAUCCCCCUCAACCAGACGGAAAGCAGGUUCUACCGUCUCCACACCCACCAUGCCCGCCCCCGGCCCAUUGCACGAUAUUGGCGUGCUGCUCAAGAAGCUCGGCAAGAAGCUCUUCAAGCACUUUCUCAACCAACACAAGAAACAACAACAACAACAACAGCAGCAGCAGCAGCAGCAGGAUAAUGCCGACAAGCAGCAGGCCGGCGGUGCGUGGGCUCAGGGGCCACCCCAACACAACCAGCAGCAGCAGCAACAGCAACAGCAGAAACCCAACCAGCAGCAGCAGCAGCAGGGAUGGUGGUCGCAGCCACCCCACCAACAGCAGCAGCCGCAACAUCAGCAGCAGCCAACUCACGGACCGGCUACGACUAGCUCCGCAAACAUCGCUGACCCGACUUCCGCCGAGCUCGCCAGUAUUGCGGACGCCGUCGCAAAGAUGUGGGAUUUGGACAGUAACAAGCUUGUGCCUGGCCGGGACUUCCAGCUGAACUUGCAGGCGCAGACGAAGGUUUAUGGAACGACCGACCAAGCGCCCGAACCCCUCUUCAAAAACGUCUCGCCCGCCCUCUUCUCCCGUUUCCCUACCUACGUCCACUUCACCGCUCUCCUGAACAACUACAACGCCCGCGCCGGUACCGCGGAAGUGCACUCGGCCGAGGAAGUGCGGGAACAGGAUGCGUUCAUCAACGAGAUCUUCAAGACGGGGCCUAUGAUGUAUGCGCACAAGUGGUUGGCGAAGAAGGGAUUGGCGCCGGCGUCUGAGGCGGAGUUUAAGAGGGUCGUGAAGAGUAUUUGGUUUGAUCUGUACAAACGUGAAGUCAAAGACGAUUCUUCCGCAUUCGAACACACGUUCCACGGCGAGAUCCGCUCCGGACAGGGUGUCAUCGGCUUCCACAACUGGCUCCAAUUCCUCCUCCAAGAACGCUCCGGCGCCGCCGACUACCGCGGCUGGAUCACCCCCCGCUCCCGCCGGCACGACACCUCCCCCCAAUCCUCCUCCAUCCUCUCCUUCCAGCUCGGCUGGCACGGCGAGAUCAAGCCCGUCUCCACCUUCUUCAUCGGCUCGAGCCCCGAAUGGGAGGUUGCCACGUAUACGCUGGUGUUUUUGGCGGGUGGAGAGGAUAACCAGGUAGUUUUGGAUGGCGUGGAGGUCAAUUUGAAGUGUCAUAAGUUUCAGAGUCCGAGGGGGUUGAGGUUGGGGAGUGUGUAUCCUGUGUCGGGGUAGGGAGUUUUUGUCACGGGGUUGUUUUGUAUGCAUAUCGAUAGACCAUUCGGUUUUGGGGUAGAAAUUCUCACGACAGACAUAGAUAGAUACGCACAACUACAUUGUGGACACUUAGGUAGCAUUACUUUUGCAGCAAGAAUAGAUAGAACCAAUCGUAGACACAUUUCA